AUUCAGUCCAUCCGUCACAAUCAAAGCCCGCGCUGCUCAUCCGCUCCGGGCACGCGACUCCAGACAGAGAGACAAAGGCACCGCCGCCGAGAUGGCUCUCCAUCAGUUCGACUACAUCUUCGCCAUCGGCCUCAUCUUUGCCGCACUCGAUGCCUGGAACAUCGGUGCCAAUGAUGUGGCCAAUUCGUGGGCGACGUCGGUCGGGUCGCAGUCCGUGACGUACCUGCAGGCCAUGCUCCUCGCAUCAGCAAUGGAAUUCGCCGGCUGCGUGGGUGUGGGCGCCCGUGUCGCCGACACCAUCCGUACCAAGAUUGUCGACACCUCGCUCUUCGUCGACGACCCGGCCCUGCUCAUGCUUGGCAUGGUCUGCGCCGUCGUCGCUUCCUCCCUCUACCUCACCUUCGCCACCAGGUUCGGCAUGCCCGUAUCCACCACCCAUUCCAUCCUCGGCGGUGUCAUCGGCAUGGGCGUUGCCUCAGUUGGUGCCAAAGGUGUUCAAUGGGUGGGCUCCGGCAGCGGCACUAGCGCCAUCAACUCGGGUGUUGUCCAGGUCUUCCUCGCGUGGAUUAUUGCUCCGGGCCUUGCUGGGUGCUUCGCUGCCAUCAUCUUCCUCCUUACCAAGUACAUGGUGCUGAUCCGAAGCAACUCCGCCCUUUGGGCGCUCCGCGUCGUUCCCUUCUACUUCGCCCUUACCGCCAUGCUGCUUACCAUGCUGCUCCUGUGGAAAGGUGGCAGCUACGAGAUCCACCUCACCGACCCCGAGAUUGCCGGCACUAUCGUUGGUGUUGGUGCGGGCUUCGGCCUCCUGGUUUCCCUCACGCUGGUGCCCUGGAUGUACCGCGUCGUCAUCAAGGAGGACUGGCAACUUCGCUGGUACCACAUCCCCCUGGGACCUCUCCUGUUGCGUCGUGGUGACGUCCCUCCGCCGCCGGAGGAUGCCGGCCCGGUCGUCAAGAACUACUAUGAAGGCCGCAUGACCAAGGAGGAGUUCGAGGCCCGCAAGGCUGCUCAGCGCGGCGAUGUCGAAGUGGUGGGCGGCGACGCUGCCGCCGAGAAGACGGCCAGCGCGGAGGGUGCCGUGGCCGCGGACAAGUCGGCCACUGCGGAAGGCUCCGAUGCCGCCUCGGCCGAGCGCCCGAACCGGAGCCCCCUCGCCGAUGUCCGCAGCGCCCCCAAGAAGCUGGUGGGUCCCAAGCCCGAGGGCAAGUGGUACGAGGGCCGCGUGCUCUUCUGGUACGUCAAGUGGGCGCUGCUGCGCGGUGUCGACCAGGAAGUCGUCAACGCCAAGAGCACGCACAACAUGCUGGCCAAGAACAUCGACGAGGUGCACGCCUAUGCCCAGCACUACGACAACAGGACCGAGUACAUGUACAGCUUCCUCCAGAUCAUGACGGCCGCCACCGCUUCUUUCACCCACGGCGCCAACGACAUUGCCAACGCCAUCGGCCCCUUCGCGACCGUCCACCAGGUCUGGAACGAUGGCGCGCUCCCGGCCAAGGGCAAGUCAGACGUGCCCAUCUGGAUCCUCUGCUUCGGCGGUGCCAUGCUGGUCAUCGGCGUCUGGACCUACGGCUACAACAUCAUGCGCAACCUGGGUAACCGCCUGACCCUGCAAUCUCCCGCGCGCGGGUUUUCCAUGGAGCUCGGCUCUGCCAUUACCGUCAUCCUUGCUACCCGCCUGAAACUCCCCGUCUCUACCACUCAGUGCAUCACUGGCGCCACUGUCGGCGUCGGCCUCUGCUCCGGAACUUGGCGCACCGUUAACUGGCGCAUGGUCUUGUGGAUCUACUUCGGAUGGAUCAUCACCCUGCCCGUCACGGGUAUCAUUUCGGGUUGCCUGAUGGGUAUUAUCAUUAAUGCUCCUCGCUGGGGCUACUCUGGCUGAAAAAAAAAAAUACUCAUCGGGCGCGGGACAGUUUGAGUAGCAGUUGAUUGGGGUUUGCAGGAUGAGCCAAACUUGGGGUGUUUGCAGUUGUACUUGGUUGUUUUCAUGUUAAUAUUCAAAAUACCCCUGUAUCGAUCAUCGGUCAGAUAUGUGACCAUGUAAUGGAUGUGUCAUACACCGUU